CCAUACUAUACCUGCCGCUCCGUGACGGGCCGUCAAUUGUCGUCAUCAUCACCGCACGUCUCCGUCAGAGUUUUCCCGUCAGAAGUGUCUGUCUCGCUCAGAAAGCCAGAGGAGUUAAGUGCAUCUGCAGUGUUAUGUAAUGUAAUGUUGUUGUGUUCUUCUGCUUUGGAAGCUCCUCCGGUUUCUUUCUUUUUUUAAAAUUUGGGACAUUUUUAAUGGUUUUAACUGCGGAGGAAGCGGGGUUUUUAGGGCUAAAUUUAGCGGCGACUCCGCUAUUUUGGCGACUGCCCGGAAAAUAAACUCCGCGUGGAGCAGAUUCUUGUGAGGGUAAAGGUUUUAGGGUUUGGUUGGAAUUUUUUUUUGUCGCGAGGAGGUCUCGGGAUCGAGUCCUCGCUUCGGUGUUUUCGCUUUUCCCUAUGGUAAUUACUUUUCCGUGGACGGCUGUUGCUGAAUUUGAAGGUUUCUGCAAGAAUUAAAUCAGCAUUUGCAGGUAUUUCAAGACAGGAGUAAUAUUAAGAAUGUGCUAAUUGGAGAGGGCAGUUUUCUCUGUGAAAGACUGGAAGUUCAGACAUAAAACCUCCUGAGAUAAUGCUGGACAAUUGAUUGAUUGUUAGAUCACCAGGCUUCUUGAAAAAUUAACGUGAGAAACAUUAAAUAGUGAUAUCAAGAAGAUAUGCCACCACCCACUCAAUCAGAAGGUCAGUCACAAGGGCCUUCUUCUCCAGCACUUGUUUCAACUGAGAUAAGUCAUCAAUCGUGUGGCAAGGGAAAGAAGAGGCCCUGGUUGGAGCAAGAAUCAGGUAGUUACCAUCAGAUAUCUUCUCCUAAGCUGGAAAAUAGUAGCUCAAAAUCACAGAAGUGUGAGCACAGCACCAAGUUAGAAGAUGCAUUUAGUGUGAUUGAGAUAAAAGGUGGGAUGGAUAGUCAAUCCAGAGUUGAACAGCUGGUGUUGCUUAUGCGGCAAUAUUCAAAUAAAUCCCCAGAACUCAGACUCUUUAGAAAGAUUGCAGGUGUGAUAGCUGCAACAGAACAAGGUAACUGCUUGAAUCAUUUUGUUCAUAUGGGUGGGUUGAGUUCUCUGAAUGAAUGGCUUCAAGAUGUCUGUAAAGGAAAAGUGGUUGAAAGUGAUAAUGUCAAAGAGGAUUUCAUUAUUGAAUUGCUAAAUGCCCUUGAAAUCUUACCCAUUAACAGUGAAGCUCUGAAGGCUUGCAAUAUUAGGAAGUCAGUUAAACAUCUCUACAACCACAAAAAUUCUGAGAUACAAAGGAAGGCCAAAAAUCUGGUUUAUAAUUGGAAGAAGCAAGAAAAUAUGGAAAUGAAAGCAAGUGAAAACAAAGGAGAAUUCAACCAUGACACUGUGCAAGCACAUUUUGGAGAAGGUGGGCUUGUCCAGGAGGUACCAAAUUCAAAAUAUGCUAAACCUGCCGAGCCUUCCACAACUGAAAUUUCUAAAGAACCUAGGGCUUCUGGGGCUGAAGUGCAACAAAAUAGAGUAUCUGUAGGUUUGGAUAUGUUACCCGCAGAGGAAGCAAAGGAUGGGGUUACCUCACUUUCUCAGCAGGAGAUUAUAGGUGCUAAAGAUAUUGGAUCAGUAAAUCUGAAUGGAUGUGUGAUGGAACAGUGUACUUCAAAGCCAACUCACCUUGAGAACUCAAGCAAUAAAAGCUGUCUUGAUGCAGAAGAAGCAUCUGUACCUUCUGCAGAAGAUGGUGCAUCAACAGGUAUACAGUCCUCUCCAAAAAUUAGGGAAAAGGAUACAAAAGCAGGAGUGAGUGAAUCUGCAGAAUACAUGGAGUGUGCUGGUGCCAUUACAAGGGGGAAUUCAGACGCACAUGGUUGUGAGUGGAUGAGUAUUGCUCAUAUUUCUAAAGUAACGGACGGGCACAUUUCCAAAGAAUCAGAACUGGGUUUGGAUGCAUCAACUGGACCACUGCAUGGCCAUGAAGUAACCACCCGCUCUCCAUCAGCUGAGCUUAAAGUCCCUGUAAAUAUUGAUUCAGGCUCUCCAAAACAAAAAGAUGGAGACCUUCCUAUUACUUGUCAGACUGAAGAAAAGGAUAAGAGAACCGAGCCUUGCCAAAAAAAGGGCACUCGACUUACUGAUUCGGGUUCUAUCAAUACAAGCAGGUCAUCAAUUAAUACUAAUCUGUCUGAUCACCAGCCCAGCAUUAUACCUGUGAAAGUGGUUGAUGAGUCCAUGGACUGGAAAGGUUUGAUAAAGCCAACAUCAGAAUGUGGGGUUGCAGGGGACUGUGACACGAUAAAUAAUAAUCUUGCAUCAGAGGUUUCUGGAGCAAGUUAUUCUGCUGGAAACCAAGAGGACACAGGAACCAGUGAUGGAAACGAAACCUUCAGAGAUAAUAUUGCUAGAGGGAUAAGGAUUUCUGAUGAAUCGGAUUCAAAGAUUAAUAUGGAAAAAACUUCAACUGGGCCUGAUGAGAAAGAUUCUGAACUAUUUAUGGAGACAGGUGCAGAUACUGACCUCCAUUUUCUUGAUGAUGCUCUAGAAGUUGCUCGGCAAGUUGGAAAGGAAGCGGAGCAAGAGGUAGAGAGUUAUGAUGAACCUCUAUGUAGCUCCUCAUAUGAGAAGCAUGGUAAAGGGGCACCCGUGCAUUCGGCCACAACUGAAUCUGUUGGAGGAGAGCAGGAUAUCUUUCAUGAACAAAAUGAGGCAGACGCUUCUUAUAGUUCAAAGGAGGUAAAUUUGAAAGUGCAGUGUGGAAAAGAUGGUGAUAAGUCACAAGGAAAUCAUGCAUCAGGUGAAAUUGAUGAGUCUGGCGCAAAGGCCAAUGUUGUCAUUCAUGAAGUGCAAACUUGCAAGAUUGCAUUAACAUCUCAAGAAUCAAUUACACACGAAACAGAUGUAAAGGUAACCAGCUCUAGUGAUCAGAUAAAAAUGCCAGUAAAAUGCAUAUUUGAUUUGAAUGAAGAUGUUCCAGCAGAAGACAUGGAGUACUCUCAGGAGUUAAUUCAAGCGCCCACUGCUUCAGCCUCUAAUUGCACAAUUACCAAUGUUUCUACCCCCAUUCCAAUUGUUCCUUCUUCAAAAGGACCUCUCAACCUUCCCACAACUCCUUUACACUUCAGAGGAGAACUUGGUUGGAGAGGAUCUGCUGCAACCAGUGCCUUUCGACCAGCUGAGCCCCGCCGGACUCCUGAAAGAGAUAGAACACAAUCUGCGGAGGAAAAUAAUUCUCCCCUGAAACCAGGACAGCGCUUCCUUGAGUUUGAUCUGAAUGUUGCAGAUGAUGAUGGUGAUGCAGGUAUGGGCUUGUUUCCAGGAAGGCAUGAUGGUGAAAGGCAUGUGCCAGCAUCAACCAGUCUUCCUUCAGGCGACUCAUCAGUGGAAGUGAGUUCAAGUAGAAAAGCUGAAAGGCUUACUUUGGACCUUAAUCGACUCUGCGAGACUGAUGAUAGUGUCCCUGGUUUACUUUCUGAUUGGAGAGGAGUGGAGAGAUUAGGUGCAUUACAAAAUCCAAAUCAAAGCCCUUCUCCAACAUCAUCUUCUAGGCCUGCAAUGAGAGAUUUUGACUUGAAUGACAAUCUUUCUUUCGAUGAUGCUUGUGCUUCUGCCCAUGAUUCUGAACAGAAAAAGUACAGCAUGAAAUCCAAUAAUAAUCCUUCAGGAUUAGAUGAUCCAGUAGUUUCUAUUUUGGGAUCAAGAAUAAAUUUGGACCCCAGUAAACUACCACCUACACAUGCAGCAUCAUGGGAUAUUCCUCACGUGAAAAAAGAAUUUCCAAACUCAGCACAGUCUUUUCUGGUUUCUGGACCAAGUCCGGUUCCUUCUUUCAACAACAUGGGAAGGAUACUACCCAUGCCUUACCAAACGCAAUCAUUGCCCUUUCCCUAUAAUGGAGUAGCACUUGGGUCCUCUUUUCCCAUCCCUUCAGCUGUUUAUGCUCCUGGUCCUGUGCCCUAUAUUGUAGACUCAAUGGGAGCUUCAAUUCCACAGAUAGUGGCCCCUGGUGCUAUCUCUUCUUAUACAAGGCCACCUUAUAUGAUGGGUGUCCCUGGUGGAGUAGGGACAAGCAAUGCUGGGGGAAUGGUAAGACCAAAUCUUGACUUAAAUGCAGAGUCUGACAGUAGGGAAGGAGGAAAAAUUAGACAGUUGUUUCCACAAAGCAACCACAUGCUAGUAGAAGAGCAGAUAAGACCGUACCAACAGGUUACAGCUUCAGGAACUCCUUUGAAGAGAAAAGAGUCUGAACGUGCUUGGGAUUCAUACCAACUUGGAUACAAGCAAGUUACAACUUGGCCGUAACCUUUCAGAUUUGGUUUGGGUCUAUGGGACUUUUCAAGUGGGGCUGGUCUAACUACAAAAUUCUAACUGUAUAUGGAUUGACAUCUGUCGUGUGGAGCUUCUAACCUGGACAACUUUUACUAGAAUUUUUUAUAUGUGAAUGGUACGAGUUUUCAAGUGUCUUGUGAAGUCUUCUGAUAAGCAAAUGUCGAUUGGCUUGUGGCCUAUGAAUGUAAGUAGAACUUCUGACUUAGGAUGGCAACUUUUGUGAAUUUCUAUGGUGAAAGGAGGCUCAACAAGCUCUUGAAGACCUGUGAAUACAAGGAGACAUGCAUUUAUAAUUUGGAGAUUUAAUUCCAUUAUUUUAGGACCAAAGACAUAAUGCAACUGUUGAAAUUGAGUUGCAUGUUUAAGAAUUUAUUUCAAUCAUUACAUAUUAGUGUUAAGUUGAAACAAGUCUCAAUGCCACUGAAGUUGGCAUCCACUGUAGUAGUCUCUUGAAUAUUCUGUAUAUUCACAGAAACCGUGAAAAUGAAUUUGUAUUAUUUCAUACUUUAGUGCUCUUGAUGCUUCCAUUUUCGUCUCUGCCAAACACCUUCCAGAAGAAAACAUGUGCAAAAGUGUAUUUCCUGGAAUAUUCAUUCUAUGAAGCCUUUAGAGCAGAUUUAGAAUUUCAAGGUUGCUGCUAUUUCUCAAUUAAUGAAAUAUGCUUGCAUGGUCA